GUGCCCCAAAACGGUGGAAAACUUCUGUGUGCACAGCAGAAAUGGUUAUUACAACGGACACAUAUUUCACCGUAUCAUCAAGGGUUUCAUGAUUCAGACUGGUGACCCAACUGGCACAGGAAUGGGAGGAGAAAGUAUUUGGGGAGGAGAAUUUGAAGAUGAGUUUCAUUCAACUUUACGACAUGACAGACCAUACACGCUCAGCAUGGCUAAUGCAGGACCAAAUACCAAUGGAUCCCAGUUUUUUGUAACAGUAGUGCCAACUCCGUGGCUAGACAACAAGCACAGCGUGUUUGGACGGGUGACUAAAGGAAUGGAAGUUGUUCAGAGAAUCUCAAAUGUAAAAGUCAAUCCCAAAACUGACAAACCCUACGAGGAUAUCAGCAUCAUUAAUAUCACAGUGAAGUAAGCUAGGAGUUGAAGGUUCCAGCUUAAGCAGAAAAAACUUGGCAUGGUGAGACCGAAAAGACGACCUAGAAAGAACAGAAACAUUUUUGGUAAUUCCUAGAUAAAAGAAGUGCUAGGACAGAGGAUUCAGUUCUACUAUUUUUAAUGUACCUAAAGUGCCCCAAGUCUGUAUUUGUGAUAACUUUGUAUUUUUAAAGUAAAAACAUCUGCAUGUUUCUUA